GUUUUCUUUCAGUAAGUCAUGGUUCAAAGGUGAGUGUAUCACCGUUUCUUUGUUCGUUUCUUGGAAGCCUUUGUUUAUCACGCUUCGUUCACGCUGCUAUUUUGGCCUACGCCUUUCAACGAUCCAGCUGAGCUGCCCUUUAUACAUUACAAACGACUGGUCCGACUUUGAGCAACCUCGGCUCUGCCGUGCUAUCUGGUUCUUCCCAACCACGUCUAUACUACACGAUGUACCUAUUUUCCAGCCCAAGUGGCCUGUGGCUCUUAUGGACCACCUCCGUUAUACUGUCUUCGGCCUCAGCCUUUGGCAUGACUUUUCAAGAGGAAAAUACUCUGUUCCAACUCGGAAAACGAGAUGAUCUCUCCUGUGCUGCAGUUGACCCCAAACUACCAAGCGAUUUCAAAUGUCCUUCCGGAACGAGUUGCAUAUCGCUAGACAACUCAUCAUCAGGUCUAUGCUGUCCGGACAACAAUAAUUGCUCCAACAUCCAGAUCGUUUCUUGCAACAUCCAGACUCAGAACCUAACAGCAAACGCAAACGCUGCUAUAUUUACCACAAAGCUAAGCGACAAGCUACCAACAUGCGGCGAUGGGUGCUGUCCAUUCGGAUACGAGUGCAUUCUAUCCCCAGACGGCAAGAAUGUUUGUAACCUCAUCGCCAGUACAAGCAAGACCAACGUCACUGCAUCCUCCGUAACAACAUCAACUGCAUCAAAGUCCUCUGCAAGCUCAACAUCCACGCCAACAUCUACGGGUCUCAGUUCAGCCGUGUCCCAGACAUCAAAUUGCAACAAAUUCCCCGUCGGGGUUUUUCUGGCUGGCUUUUUCCCUGGCAUGUUUGUUGGAGCUUUCCUCAUGCUUGCAUGGGUAAUCUGCUCUGGCCGCCACCGCAAGCCAGCUCGUGCAUCGCGCAGCUCGACGUCUUCUACAAGAUCGACCUACAAACCCACCAUCUCAGAUCCAAUCCCGCUAGGAUCCCCCAGUGGUGGACUCCGUACAGACUUUCUUCGCCGCACCACCGGCCGAGCCAAGUCCAUCUUCUCCACGAAAUCUCAGGUUCUCAGUGGUAACAGCACAUCGCACUGGAAGAUGCCCACACCACCUGUGCCCAAUAAUGUUCCCAAUGCCACUUGCGUGCCUGCUCCGGUAACUCCGGACCGCACUCUCAGACAUGAACUUAGCUCUGAGAGCAUUCAUGUAUUCUCACCUCAAGGAAACGAAGGGGUCCCACAACCUAUCCCUGCACACAUUGCUCCACUGCGAGGCAUGUCAGCUCAGCGCUACAAUCCCAAUGCGUCCAACACGAGUAUGGGUAGCCCGUUCCAGUCGCCUCCCAAAGCUGACAAUAUGUACAGCGACCAGAUGGCCCGGUCGAACAUAGACACGCAAUCACGGGGUCUGAGUACAUACUCUGCGGUGUCUUCGUUGCACGAUCGGGACGGUGGACAUGAACCGGAAACUCUCCCUCCAGCACGCUACGAGCCAACGGUUUCUCCUGGCCAUUGGAGCCCAAGCGUGACAAAGCGUGUUCGGAUCGACGGCGCGGCGGAACUUGAAAGCAGGCCGACCACCACCUUUACUGAGAUGUUGCACGAGGCAGGGUUCCCAGAUCCUUUGAAUGGUCACGGUACGCCGGCCGUACCCAAGAUUCCAAAGAUCUAUGGCAGUGGUCGCUUAUGAUGAGGGCCUGAUCAUCUUCCGAGUCCCCUGAUUAUGGAGAUGGAUUAUGAUGUCGAGCAGAGCUUAAUGUUCUAGUUGUGAGCUCUACAUGUUUGUGUACUAGUCUUUUAGCGAUGAUAAGUCUGUUGUUUUAUUAUGCACUCAGCGGUCAAUUAC